CCAGCCCCGGCCGCGCACAGAGUCGCAGCGGCGACUUUCAGGGUUUCAGACUUCAGAUGCCAUGAGCCAGCGGGGCUUGCCGCCCAGGGAAGCUUGACUGGCUGGGCGCUUCGCAUUGCAUUCGCUGCGGGUCUCGACUGGUUGUCCUUUUCCUUCGGAUAUUCUCUCGUUCUACAGGGUAAUUUGAGUUCCAGUGAUCGAUAGAUCGUCCCUUUCUGCUCGCAGGCUCGAGGAUAAUUACUCGUCUCGCUCUUUUUUGGUACAUUACAAGCCAGCUGGUCUGAAUACCUUCAUAUUGCGCGCUUAAUACUUGUGCCGCCCCUCCGCUUCCCUUGACGGACCAGAAGACCUGUCGGCUCUCGAAGCAGAAUACCUACCAAACGAGGCCCAGUUCAUUGAGUGGCGAGAUAUUGUGUUAAUCAGCUCAACAUGAGGCUCGCUACCGUUACCGCCGCCGUGCUCUCGUUGUGCGUUUCGCUCGUCAGCGCUGGCGUCGUCACCAUUCCCAUCAAGCAGGAUCAGGUCGUUGAGAAGAGCGACGGCGAUUGCUUCUUUGGCGUUGUUACGCCCCAGGGGUGCGGACCUCUUCGGAGUAGCUAAGGUCGUGUAGCUACUGCCCGAAUCGCUGCCGAUGGGCCGGUGUCGAUGACAUGGCAAUCUUGCGGACAGUGAUUCUUAAUGGGGGUUUGAGCCGCUCGAGAUGUCAAGCGCAAGCGCGGGCGUCGCUGUGGCCGAUGGAUGUAAAUCGAGUCAGACAUCAAAUCAUCAACAGGAGAGGAGUUACAGGCAUGGGCGGUGGCGUCAUACUUUUUCUCCUCUCAUAUACCUUAUAUCGGCCUUAUAAGCUUCCUGCGCCUAAUCGAAAUACCGCUUGAACCUAGACCUGGUUGCAAUAUUGCUUUGGGAAGAUUCGUAGACUUGAGUACCCGUCAAAACGGGGCACCGCCUGUCCAAUAUACCUUACCCAGAGGGCAGAGAGAGAUAGUAGGAUAACGUCAUAUUAUGUGUUGGGUAUAU